GGCCAUGUAUCUGGAGCUCGUCGUGGUUGUCCUGACGACCGUCCUCGUCUGGGAUUACCUGCGGAACAGACGGCACAACCGGAUGUUCGCCGCUGCUGGGAUCCGGGGACCCAGGCGCUAUCCUCUGGUGGGCAACGCACCCAUGAUGAUCAACGAGUCACCCAAAACUGUCUUCGAUCUGCAAUUCCGAAUGAUCAAAGAGUUCGGCAAAAAUAUCCAAAUCCAAAUGCUGAUGGAGCGCGGCUUCAUGACCGCCGAUCCCAAGAUGAUCGAGGCGAUCAUGAGCAGCCAGCAGACCAUCCAGAAGAACAAUCUGUACGGACUGCUGGUCAACUGGCUGGGCGACGGACUGCUCAUCAGCAACGGGAAGAAGUGGUUCCGCCGCAGGAAGACCAUCACACCGGCAUUCCACUUCAAGAUCCUGGAGGACUUCGUGGAGGUCUUCGACCAGCAGAGCGCCGUGAUGGUCCAGCAGCUGUACGACAGGGCGGACGGCAAAACGGUGAUCAACAUGUUUCCGGUGGCCUGCCUGUGCGCCAUGGACAUCAUUGCGGAAACGGCCAUGGGCGUGAGGAUUAAUGCGCAGCUGCAGCCGCAGUUUUCCUACGUCCAGUCGGUGACAACUGCCUCGAGCAUGUUGGCCGAGCGCUUCAUGAAUCCCCUGCAGCGCACUGACGGGAGCAUGAAGCUCAUCUACCCCAAGCUGUUUGCCAAGCUGAACGACUCCGUGAAGAACAUGCACGACUUCACCAACUCGGUAAUCAAGGAGCGACGCGACCUCCUCCAGAAGUCCAUUGCCAAGGAAGGAGGUGCUGAUGAGGCCCUCCUGAACGAUGUGGGUCAGAAGCGCCGCAUGGCAUUGCUGGACGUGCUCCUUCGGUCCACUAUCGACGGAGCCCCCUUGAGCAACGAGGACAUCCGCGAGGAGGUGGACACCUUCAUGUUUGAGGGCCACGACACCACGACGAGCAGCAUCGCCUUCACCUGCUACCUGCUCGCCCGGCAUCCGGAGGUCCAGGCCCGCGUCUUCCAGGAGGUGCGGGAUGUCAUUGGCGACGACAAGUCCGCUCCAGUCACCAUGCAGCUCCUGGGCGAACUGAAGUACUUGGAGUGCGUGAUCAAGGAGUCGCUGCGACUGUUUCCCUCGGUGCCGCUCAUCGGACGCCACAUCACCCAGGACACUGUGCUGGAUGGCAAGCUCAUACCCGCCAACUCCGAUGUACUUAUUAUGAUCUACCACGCCCAGCGUGACCCGGACUACUUUCCCGAGCCCGAGAAGUUCCUGCCAGAACGAUUCAGCAUGGAGCGCAAGGGCGAGAUCAAUCCCUUUGCCUACACGCCCUUCUCCGCGGGUCCAAGGAACUGCAUCGGCCAGAAGUUCGCCAUGCUGGAGAUGAAGAGCACGAUCAGCAAGAUGGUGCGGCACUUUGAACUGCUGCCGCUCGGCGAGGAUGUCCAGCCCGUGCUGAACCUCAUCCUGCGCUCCACAACGGGUAUUAACUGUGGGCUCAAGCCACGCGUCUAUUAAGGGUGUCCGUCCUGUAAGGUUCGAUCUUUUUCUUUAACUAAUUUUAAGUCCUGAACUGUAUAAAUAUUUCCAUAAACUACUUGAACACA